CCUCUGUGCGUGGAAGGAGAUAGCCGGAGAGGGAUGCGUGUGUGUGUGUGUGUGUGUGCACGUGUGUGUGAGCGAUACAGACAGAAAGCAACAGAGGAAAUAUCAGUGUCCAUCAGGGCUUGAAAAGAGAGAGAUAGACAGACACACAGACAGAGAGAGAGAGAGACAGAGAGAGAGAGAGAGAGAGAGAGAGAAUAUUGAAAAAAAAAAAACAUUUCUUAUUGUGUUGUGGAUGUGAAUUUACAAAGAGCCCAACCACUUUGGCUCUCACUCUGAGCGGACUUAACGAGACCCGGACGAGCUCCUGGAGCCGUGCGUGGAGGAGUGGAGACGAGGAGGGCAGUGGGAUUUAGAGUGCCAGGGAUGACAGGAGGGCAUCAGGAGAGCUGGCAGGCAGGAGCCCGUCUCAUAUAAGAGGCCUCUGAGGUGAUUGUCCGCUCCACCACUAAGACUGCCCAAGAGCUCCCAGACACAGCGGUCAGAGAGGCCAAAGGUUUGCUGCUGAGCCAAUCCGAGACAACGCCAAGACUGGCGGGAUCCAAUCCGAAGAGAGCGAUGUUGAAGCAAGGCGAGGGGGUGUGUCUGGCAACAUGGCCACUCCUCUUGCUCUUCCUGAGGAUCGUAUCAUCCAUCGAAGUUCCGCUUGAUCCAAAGAUCCAGCAAGACAUGAAGCAACCUCCUACCAUUGUGAAACAGUCUCCAAAGGACUACAUUGUAGACCCUCGAGAUAACAUCAUCAUUGAAUGUGAGGCCAAGGGGAACCCGCCACCAACGUUCAUGUGGCAGCGGAAUUUGCGGUUCUUCAACGUGGGCAAAGUGCAGCACGUGACGCAGCGGAAGCCUUCGGGCACCCUGGAGAUCUCCUUCCGCAACGGUGGCCGGCCUGAGGACUACGAGGGCGAGUACCAGUGCUUCGCCUCCAACGACUUUGGCACAGCGAUGUCCAAUAAGAUCCUGCUGCGAGUCUCCAAGUCUCCACUGUGGCCGAAAGAGGUCCUGGAGCCCAUUGUGGUGACGGAGGGUAGCUCGCUGGUGCUGCCCUGCAACCCGCCGCCUGGCCUGCCCCCACCCAACACCUUUUGGAUGAACAGCGGCAUGAUGCCUAUCCGACAGGACGCUCGUGUGUCCAUGGGGCUCAACGGGGACCUGUACUUUUCCAGCGUCCUGUCCAAGGACACCAGCACCGACUACAGCUGCAACGCCCGCUUCCUCUUCACCCACACCAUCCAGCAGAAGAACCCCUACUCCCUCAAAGUGCACACCAAGCAACCUGACAAUAAUUCCUCCUCUUUCAACUUGACUGACCUGUAUGACGCCCGUCACCUGCCCGAAACAGCGCCCAGCUUCCUGACGCCCUCUGGGCUGGUCAGCUCCAAGAUGGUGCUCCGCGGGGAACAGCUGCUGCUGGAGUGUAUCGCCGCUGGAGUACCCACUCCCAGUAUUAAGUGGUUCAAGAAGGGCGGCGACCUACCAAUGAGGAGGGUCAAGCUGGAGAGCUUCAACAAGACGCUGCGCAUCAUCAAUGUGUCAGAGGAGGACUCAGGCGACUACAUCUGCAUGGCCAACAACAAGAUCGCCAGCAUCCAGCAUACGAUAGUCGUGCAGGUCAAAGCUGCUCCAUACUGGCUGGACAAGCCACAGAACCUUGUCCUUGCUCCAGACGAGAAUGGACGCAUGACUUGCAUCGCCCACGGCAACCCAAAGCCCACAAUCCAAUGGCUGGUGAACGGGGAGCCUAUAGAGAUGUCUCUAGCAAACCCGAGUCGAGAGGUGGAGGGCGACACCAUCAUAUUCCGCCGGGUGUUGAUGGGAGGCAGUGCCGUGUACCAGUGCAACGCCUCCAAUGAGCACGGCUACCUGCUGGCCAACGCCUUCGUCAACAUUCUGGACAUGGCGCCGCGGAUGCUCGGACCCAAGAACCAGCUGAUCAAAGUCAUCAAGAACCAAUUAACCUUCCUGGACUGCCCUUACUUUGGCUCACCGAUUCCCACCCUGCGCUGGUUCAAGAAUGGUCUGGGCAGCGGGCUAGACGGCGGACACUACCGGGUCUACAUCAACGGCUCUCUGGAGAUCAAACGGGCACUAGCGGAGGACCAGGGCACAUAUACCUGCGUGGCCAGCAGCAUCCUGGGCAAGGCUGAGAACCAGGUCCGCCUGGAGGUCAAAGAGCCCACCCGCAUAGUGAGAGCCCCUGAACAUGUGUCCUCUACUCGGGGAAGCUCGGUUCGCUUCAACUGCCGCAUCAGCCACGACCCCACCCUUAACAUUCAUGUCAACUGGUUGAAGAAUGACCAGCCAUUCAGCUACGGAUGGAGGAUUACGAAGGAUGAAGAGUCUCUGACCAUAACCAACAUCAACGAGGGAGACCAGGGCACCUACACCUGUCUGGUCAAGACUGAGAUAGAUGAGGACGUGGCCUCGGCACGCCUUACUGUUCUUGAGGAGGAAUCCUUGUCUCCCUCCAAUCGUAGUCCCAUGCAAGCAGACCGGCCAGAGUCUCCCAAAGAUCUGGAGCUUUCGGACCUGCUCGCUCGCAGCGUCCGGCUCACAUGGGUACCUGGAGAUAGCAACAAUAGCCCCAUCACAGAGUUCCUGGUUCAGUUUGAGGAGAACCGCUGGGAGCCGGGCAAGUGGCAGAACCUGUCCAGUCACCCGGGCAACGUGAACUCGGUGCUGCUGGAGCUGUCCCCAUUCGUCAACUACCAGUUUCGGGUGAUCGCUAUCAACAGCGUGGGCCAGAGCCAGCCCAGCAGGCCCUCCCUGCGCUACCAGACCAGCGGAGCACCUCCAGAUAUUGCUCCUGAGGACAUCAAAGGCAUGGGCUCCAAGAAGAACAAUAUGGAGAUCACCUGGAAGCCCCUCUCUGACAUUCAGAGGAAUGCCCCCAAUAUUGUUUAUGAGGUUUCAUGGAAGAAGAAGGACACAGAGGAGUGGAACAUCGUCAACACCACCCAAGCCAAAUAUGUGGUUCACGACACGGAGACCUACGAGCCUUUCCACAUCAAGGUCCAGGCCAUCAACGACUUCGGCCAAGGCCCAGAGUCUGGGAUGGUGCUGGGCUACUCUGGCGAGGACUAUCCUUCUGCAGCCCCAGCCCACCUGAACGUGUCAAAGAUUGACAGCACCAAAGUCAACAUGCAUUGGGACCCUGUAGACCCGAGCACCGUCCAUGGGGAGUUCAAGGAAUACAGGUUGUACUACUGGAGGGAGAGCAGCCUGGUGAAGGGCCUGAAGGUCAACAAGGAUAAGAAGACCAAGGGCUUCUUCAGUUCGUCCGGCACGGGCAUCCUCACCGACCUGGUGCCCUUCAGCCUGUACAAGAUGUACAUGGUGGUGGCCAACAGCCGCUAUGAGGGCCCACCCAGCAACACGGUGGAGUUCAAGACCAGACAAGGAAUUCCAGAUGCGCCCAGGUUCUUCAAGAUCGUCCGGAGGAGCUCCAACACCAUUCACCUGCAGUGGGACAAGCCUCUGGAGCCCAAUGGGAACCUAAGCGGGUACACGUUGAAGUUCUUCACCGUGAAUGGGACACAGGUGGGCAAAGAGCAGGUGAAGAGCUUCCACCCCAACGUGACAUCGUUCGACUUGCACGUUCCUGACCGCCACACACGCUACAAGUUCUUCCUGGCGGCCUUCACGCCGGCAGGGUCAGGGGAGGUCAGCUCCGACGAGUCGCCAAACUUCUCCAACGAAGAACUAUAUACCAGCUCAGUUGAGCUCACAGAUGACGUGGUGGCUACAACUGUUCCCGUACCAGUUCCCACUACCAUCCCAACAACAACUACAACCAUUAGUACCUCAACAACUACAACAAUUAGUACCUCAACAACUACAACCGUUAGCACCUCAACAACACCCCACGCCCGCAUGGUCCCAAAAGUACUGGCCACCCCUCGGGAGAUCUGGAAUCUGACGGUGGAGCCUAACAGUAACUAUGCUAACGUCAGCUGGGAUCACAACUUCCAUGCCGACAACAGCGAGUUUGUGCUAGAGUACACCCUGCAAAGUAACAAGACAGUGAAGACAGUGGCCGUUAAGCACAAGUCCCACAUUAGGUUGGCGGGUCUGGUGGAGGGGGCCAAAUAUCAGCUAAGGGUCUUCUCACUCGUGCAAAACCACAUCAGCAGCCCGUACGUCACCUUCGAGACCAGUCGAGCGAUCACAACGGACAGCGUGGACAUCGCCACGCAGGGCUGGUUUAUUGGCCUGAUGUGUGCCAUCGCCCUCAUCAUCCUCAUCCUUCUCAUCGUUUGCUUCAUCAAGAGGAGUCGAGGAGGAAAGUAUCCAGUGAGGGAUAAAAAAGACCUCCCUCUAGAUGCCGUCGAUCAUAAGGACCAGGACGGAUCCUUUGACUACCAAAACGAGAACAGUCAGCAAAGCAAAGAAGAAGAAGAUGAUGAAAAUGGCAGUGACGAGGACAACAAGCCGCUGCAGGGUAGUCAGACGUCGCUGGACGGGAAUGUGAAGGAGAGCGAUGACAGCUUGGUGGACUACGGCGAGGGCGGCGACGGCCAGUUCAACGAGGACGGCUCCUUCAUCGGCCAGUACACCGUUAAGAAGGACAAGGAAGAGACGGAGGGCAAUGAGAGCUCAGAGGCCACCUCCCCCGUUAACGCUAUCUACUCCCUGGCAUAGCCCCACCCCCCCACCCCCCCUCCCCCCCUGCCUGCUCAGGGCGACUCCUAGUGGACACAGGGUGCUAUCACACACAAAACACGUAAAAUAGAGAGAGAAAUAUUAAUUCAGUCACACAUGCGUGUGGGGGGUGGGGGGGUGGGGGGGAGUGACGCUUCUUCAGUAGUGGGUCACUGUGGGGGGGUGCAGGAUACAGUAGCACCGAUGGUCAACCAGACAAACAGAAAAGGACGAAAAAGGACAACGGCCUACCAUCUUGGGGCUGGAGAAAAAAAUAAACAAUUUGGGGAAGAACAACAAGAAAAGGAUUGCUGAGGCAACGUCAGAGCAGCACCUGCCUCCUUCCUUCUCCCUGGGCCCCCUCUCCCCUCCCCCCGCUCCAAACACACACUGACUCCGAGCGAGCUUCAGCGGGGUGGGAUAGAAGCCGAGAGGACGUCCUAAUUUCAAGCUUUGUGGCUUAAGCAUUAAUUUGAUUUGAGUUUGUUUUUUGUUGUUGUUCCCCCCCCCCCCAAGAAAUCCUGCUUCAAAUCCCCCCCACCCCCCACCCCCUGCUCACCUGCCCCUCUUUUGCAAUAAAGACAACUACGCAACCCAGAAGCCCUUAGUGACAUAUCAGCAGUGGGCAAGCGGAAGGACAGCAUGUGGGCAGAUAUGUUUAUCAUAUUGAUAUUUCUGCACUGAGAGAUUUGUUUUGUUUUUGUUUAUCCGGUUGGGCUUCUGGUGAUGGAUUAUGUUCAUAAAUAUACAUGAAUGCUGUAGAAAAAGAAUAAAAAAAGAAACAGUGCUGGCACACCCUUUUUUCCUGUGCCCUGCAAAAACUAUGCACUAUAUAUUCACUAUAUAUGUCAUGUUUUUGUGGGUCUAUGGGGUUUAAAGAAUCACCUGUUCUUUUCCCCACUACUGUUGACUCCAUUCCCCCUGCCUUAGAUCACUGUUCAUUUUGUGUUAGCAUCUUAUGGAGACAUUUUAUGAACACGGCGAACGCAGUGUUUUUUUCUGGUUCGCAAAAGGUUAUAUCUAUAACCACUGACACAAAACUUCUUCUCAGACAGAGAAAAAAUGGUCUGACUUGUAAAUGACUAAAAGAUGUAUUAUUUUGAAGCAUGUUAGUAUAUUAGUGCAAAAGACAAUGAACGGUCAGGCAAGAGGAGCGUGCUUUAGCCCAAAUGGCGUGUUCACAUACUCAAAUGCUAAAUUCAAAUGCGUCUGUGAUUGUUGUUCUAAAAACAGCCCCUUAACUCUGGGUCUGUCUCCUCUGUUCUAUUUCAGACCUUUGUUCACACUGCAAGUUUGGUUGACAUCCAGGAGCCUUAGGCAUAAGCAUUGCAUUGUGUGCUCAAUGUUCGGUCCGCAGUGUUGCUAGGUGAAGAAAAAGGCUUUGUGAUAAAAAAAAAGAAAAAGCAAUUGUUGGAAUCAGAUUUGUUGUCAUAUUUCUGUCCAAAUAUUUUUAGGGGAGAAUAUUUAUGUAAUGAACUAUCUUUCACUAUUUAGGGGAAAAGGGUUUUGAAGUAAUGUGAUAAGUUACACACGUGUUGACUGAACAACCAUUUAGAGGAUGACUUGAAACACAUACGACACAAAAACACUGGGUUGCUUGUGCUCCUUUGAUGUCAAGAUACACAUAUGGACAGGUCCCAAACACACCCUCCCGCCAGACACAGGAAUUCUCUAGAGUGGGGUGAAAGCACAGGGAUGUUGACGUAACUAUGGUAACUUGCAACAAUCCAUCAAAUGAUAUCCCGCUUCCCCAUCAAGAGCACCUCUCAUCCUCUCUCUCACCCAAUUUCCUUAGAGCUGGAACUGAAAUGACAGUUUGUAUAUUUGUGUUUAUUUUUAUUUAUAACAUAAUAGAAUUUUAUUAAUAUUUAAUUGAUCGAAUUUCGAAUUUGGAUAUAUUGCCACUGCAGAGAGCUACAAACACACCAAUAGCAUCCAAGAAUGGCUCAGUUUAAUAUAGCCUUUUAUCAAAUAACUGUUGAAGGCUAGAGUUGUUUUCUUUUUCUUGCAGUGAAACUAAUGCCACUCACUGUCACAGUGAAAAUGUUUUAUCCGUUUAUUCUGCUGCUCUUCUAGUAUUAUUGUUGUAUUACUGUUAUUACGUGUUAAUAUUUAGAAUUUAUUUAAUAUAACUUUUACACAACACAGAAAAAUGAUAUAUUGUUUAUUUAUUUAACAUAAAUUAAGACCCAAAAGAUGUCCUGUUUAAUUCUAUGUAAAUAUUUAUGUAGGCUGUUGUAGGCUAGGUGCAUAAGCGGAGGGAUGCUCUUGACAUUGGCGAGUCCAGCAAGGCAGACCUCGCCGAGACAGCCACACCCGGGAAUGGCCCAGGGCUUUGUUUCUACUGUCCAAUCCUUACACAGAUUUGUGUCCUUGUUCUCACAUCCGAGCUCUUUCCCACUCUCUUUCAAACAAGAGCCUGUGAGGGAUGUUUGCUGGCAAUGUAAAUAGCAAAUACUCUAGUCACUGUAAAGUAGCAUUCUAGCCACACCCACUAAAGAGGACGGAAGUGCCCACAUGUUUUUUUUUUUUCUUCCUCGACCGUGUCUUUCUGAGGCCCUCGUGUCUUUCCUGAGGCCCUCUGCCUUCCACCUGCCAGCCUGACGCCACCCUCCAAUGACUUCUACAUGUACCUCCAGCUGGUCAGCUUAUAGGAUGUCUCACGUGCUACUGUCACACCUGCAACAACAAACUGUGUUGCAGAAACGCUCCCAGACCUCAGUCAUAUACCAUACUUUCAACUGUUGCCACUAUGAACCUUGUGACGUUCUCUUUUGUUCUUCUCUGGUGAGUCUGUGAAUGUUGUCCCUCCUGUUAUGUCCUUCAGGGGGCACUCGGGCACCAAGGCAUGGUGCCACAUGUGGUCAUAAUCCAUAAUACGCAGAGGAGCAUCACUAAUAAUAGCAAAAUAAAAUGUCAUCAUCCUCACAUAACCCUCCUUAAAUCCUAGUGCAUUCAAGGUUGAUGGAAUUCUCAGUGGAAUUCUUUUCAAAUAUGCAUCCAAGCUUUGGCCUCUUUCUGUGACGUGGUUAGGCUUGAUGAUGUCCGUGUUCUUCACUUGUUCUCCAGUGGACAUGAUUCAACAUGUGGAUAACCUCAACAUCUGUUGAGCAGGAGCUGUGUCUUUUGCUGUGUUCUCCACUGGUGGAUUCUUUCAAACGUGUAUUCAUAACAUCAUUGUAAAUGUUUAUUUUUUUUUCUUAUGAUUACGCUGAGUUCAUUUUUGCAAAACUAGGAUGUACACAAGUAGGCCACAUACUCCAUCACAAAGUCUGAGUGUUUUUAUGCAUUAACAGCGACGUUGGGCUCUUUUUUCAACUUUAUUUGUAAGGAUUUCUGUUUCACAUUUUUACCGUCAAGUGUGUGGGAACAGCUUUUGAAGUACUGCUUCUUGGGCAACCAGUGUUUGUAUGUUAUGUCAAAGCUAAGUAAAUGGCAUAUUACCAUAUUCACCAUGUAUGCGUGUAUGAUGAGAUGCUGCAACUUGCUAGAAACGCCUUUCUUUAUAGUAAAGCUAUGUCAUUUUCUCUAAA